CUGACUAGUUCUGACGUCUUUUGAAGAGGCACGGUCUCGGUUUCGAUUGAAGCCUUCCAACAUGGACACGAUAAACACAAGCAUGGAGCUUCGUGGGAUAAAACGCGCGCAACUCCCAGUCGGAAGCGUAAAUGGAAGAUCUGUCCACGGAGGGAAGGUCAGUCGUCCGCCGUCCGCUUGCUGCAAAGAACUAAAACAUUUGAGAAGCAGCAAUCGAAACCACCAUGCCAGGACUCGCGGAAGAACAGACAUCGGAUGUGGAGUUACACAGCGCUAGUCCUGUCGGGAAAAUUGAUCUGUUCAUCACGAUCGGAGAGGACUUUCACGCACGUGACGAGGAUGCGCUUCCCGUUAGUAAAGGCCAGGUUCUCAGGUACCUAGAGCAGAAAGGCACAUGGGUGCUGGCGGCCGAUGUCCAUGGUCGAGCUGGCUACGUACCAGCAGCGUGCUGUCGGAUAGAGACGAGCGACAGUGUUCUGCAGUGGACGGGAGAUUUCAAUGCCGAUGCCAUCGUUGCCUUUCAGAAAGCGGAGGCCGAGCGACUACGUGGUGCCAUCCAGAAACCAUCUCUUUGCAGCAAGCUAUCGCUGAGAGCCUCCCUCAAUCAUCAGAUAGAGAACUUGUAUAUUCGACCUACCGGCACAGACUGCCAGAUCAAUGGCGCUCAGGAGCAAACCAGGCCCGGUGGAACGGACCAUCGUCAGCUGCAGCAGCAGAUCAAAGACAACAGCGCGUGCGGUCCGCUAAAACAGCUCCUGCGCAAGCAGAACAGAGCGCCAUUCUCCACAUUGAGGGAGACGUAUCGCAGAGCCACCAAUAAGGCGAUGAAGGUUGCACGCCGAGCAAACACCAGUAAGACUUCACACGUAUACUCAACUGGCGAGGGCACUCAGACUAGCAGUCAGAACCAGAACAAGACUGAAGCUGGCCAGCAGCAGCAUGCUCCGAAACUGGAAGCACGAUCUCCGAUUGUUGGCCGCUUGGGCAUGCCAUCCGUACAAGAGCAUGCCAACCAGAAGAUACAAGCGGCAGCUAGUUCGCCAGAUGAACCCGUGCAGCAGCCCUGCCCGGCCCCAGCUCCUAGAAGCGUCAGCACUUUCCGACGCCUGUCAUCUCUCAGAGCCGCCGCGGAGAAAGGCAGACGACGAGGGUACAGCGUGACAUUCUCCGAAAGUGUCUGCACAUCCACAGAUGCACACGAGUAUGAGAACAUUCCUGGCGAAACUAGCGACGCUGGCCCAAGGUACGAAAACCUAUCGCGACCAGGAGUCAAUGAGCCCGACUGUGAACAUGAUGGCUUGCAAGGAAGAGACGGAUUGACUGAGAAUGACCAGGAAGAAGCAGAAGAGGGUGUUUUUGAGGCUAGACUAGCGCCUGUCAAGCCCUUCAUGCAGGACAAAGAGGAUGAGGCCAAUACAAUGGGCACAGUGCGCGAUGCAGAGGAGCUGUGCAGACCGACAGCCCCGAAACCUCGCCUACCUGCAUACCUUCACCACAGUGCACCCACGACCAGGGCCACCUCACCGGACUUCUGCCGGAGACGGCCUGGUGUAACUGAACGACAGCGGACCCGGCCCAGGCCUAUCGUGGGCUCAUUGGACUACCGCCAAGCGGACGGCAGCGACCCGCUAGCUUCAAGCAUGAGCACAUUUCAGCAGCCAUGUGACAGUCACGUGUACCAGCAGCCCGACAGCGCAGUCGUGCGACAUCACCAGGCGGGGAAGAGACGGGUGGGCCGUGUCAUGUCCGACGCACCCAACCGAGAGUUUGCACAGCGCAGCUUCAGCAACCAGCUAGACUACAGGCCCACAAGCCAUGCUCCCACAGCAGCGGCGGCGGCAGCAGCAGCAGCUACGACACGGCCCAACACACUUGGGAUCAACAGGAAGAAUGGACACAGUCUUGUCGCCCGGUCCUCUUCAGUACCAGCUGUUUUGCAGCCACUGUACAUCGCGCUGUUUGACUUCCCGGCGACGCAGAAACCCUUGCUCAACGCCCACACUGGCGAUGUGCUGCAACGCUGCUCGUCAGAGAUAAGAGACGACAACGACGUGUGGUGCGGAUACGCCAAGGGCUGGCGAUAUGUACGCAAUCCGCAGACUGGCGCAAUUGGAUAUGUACCCAAAGAAAUCCUGCAAACCUAUCGCACUGAUAAUAUCCAUGGUGUGAGCAUUACCCAGCUGUGAAGACAAUCAUUAUCGUUACUUCGUCACCAUGCUACAAAUAGACGCUAAAACAAUCACAGAAUUGAAUCAAGCUAGGUAAACCCAGAGUGAAACUUUCGUUGCCAGUUUAGCGUGCGUGUGUGUGUGUGUGGAAUUGCAAAGAUAAGUGAAGCCAAACCAAGAACGACAACAUCCUUAAAUCUGCCUAUUUCAAGAAGUUUUUCAUUAUCUUUAUGGCGCGACCCCAUCCGCCCAGGAAAGUUGAUGCACUGAAGCCAAUAUCGAUAUCCUGAUUUCAAACUAUGCCAGUAACUUGGUACUUUAUUGCUACGUUUGCGUUUGUCGUUAGAUUUUGUCUGCCGUUGAAACAACAAGAACACAUUACCCAUUACAUUAUUUCUACAAUGUUUAAAGUGCUUGGCUUCAGCAAGUCUGUUGUGUACAUAUAUUUUUAUUACAACAGUAAUAAUUAUUAUUAUUGUCCAUGGCAACUGAUUAUAUCACACUUUCUAUCAGUGCUCUAAACUUGUGCCGUGUAUCAUCUAUAUUCUAUUACACAUGUUUUACAAGACAUGGUGAAGAACGAAAACGUCCAGGUCACUGGACAACACACUGUA